GCGGUCUCGGUUCCCAUGGCGACACUUCCUGUGGCAGCCGAAAGCGGUAGUGCCGGGGAGCCGCCGGGCCGGGCCGGGCGAGCCGCGCCGCCGGCCGGGGAUGCUGCGGGGCCGCGGGCCGCGCCGGUAGCGAGCUCGGCCGUGCCGGGCCGGGCCGUGCCGUGCCAGGCAUGCAGGGCAAGGCCAAGCUGCUGCUGGUCCACAACGGCCGCAUGGGCCCGGCUGUGUCGGAUGGAGAGUUAAACGCCUCCAGAGCCCGUGGCAGCAACCACAGCGUGAACAGUCUGCCGGGACCACCAGCCACCUGUGGCUCUUCACAGGGGUCUGUGGCCAACUGGGCUGAGUCCUUCGAGACGCUGCUGCAGGACCCUGUGGCUGUCACCUACUUCACCGAGUUCCUCAAGAAGGAGUUCAGUGCUGAAAACGUCUACUUCUGGCAGGCAUGCGAGCGCUUCCAGCAGAUCCCGGCCAGUGACACGCAGCAGCUGGCCCAGGAGGCACGGCGGAUCUACGAUGAAUUCCUCUCCAGCCACUCAGUCAGUCCUGUGAACAUCGACAAGCAGGCCUGGAUUGGGGAGGACAUGCUGGCCACCCCCUCCCCGGACAUGUUUCGCAUCCAGCAGCUCCAGAUCUUUAAUCUGAUGAAGUUUGACAGCUACACGCGCUUCGUGAAAUCCCCACUCUACCAGGCCUGCCUGCAGGCAGAGAGAGAGGGGCAGCCCCUGCCCGACCUGCGGCCCCACUCCCGCAGCAGCAGCCCCCCUCCUGACCUCAGCAAGUUCACCCAGAAGUCAAAGCUGAAGCUGGGCAAGUCCCUGCCGCUGGGCGUGGAGACAGCAGGCAGUGGUGCCAACCGCAGCCCCCGCCGGUCCUUCAGGAAGGGAGAGCGGCGGGAGCCAUCCUGGGCAGAAGGGGGAGAAGGCAGCGGGAGCGCCAUGCUGUGGCGGGAGUCCCAGGGCUCGCUCAACUCCUCGGCCAGUCUGGACCUGGGCUUCCUGUCCUCCGCCAGCACGGCCGCCAGUCCCUGGACAGAGGGCCAUCGGAAGAGCCUGGGGGGCAGCGAGGCAGAUCUGCCGGCCAAGGCCAUGAAGUACUGCUGCGUGUACCUGCCCGACGGCACAGCCUCGCUGACCUCCAUCCGGCCCGGCCACUCCAUCCGUGACAUGCUGGCGGGGAUAUGCGAGAAGCGCGGCUUCAGCCUCCCCGACAUCAAGGUCUACCUGGUGGGGAACGAGCAGAAAGCGCUGGUGCUGGACCAGGAGUGCUCUGUGUUGGCUGACCAGGAGGUGAAGCUGGAAAACAGGAUAAGCUUUGAGCUGGAAAUCUCCUCCCUCAAUAAGACCAUCCGCAUCACGGCAAAGUCAACCAAGCGCAUCCGGGAAGCGCUGCAGCCCGUGCUGGGGAAGUAUGGCGUGAGCAUGGAGCUGGCACUGCUGCGGCGGCAAGGUGAGCCGGCCGCCGUGGAUCUGGAGAAGCUGGUCAGCACGGUGGCUGCUCAGAAACUUGUCCUGGAAACGCCAGCAGAAAUGCGAGUGAAGGAGAGCGCCGAGGCCACGGCCGCCCCCUCCCCGCUCCGGAGUGAGGAGGGAAGCCCGACAGGAGCAGAGCCUGACACACUGUGGGAGAUGCCCUCCUCCUUCUCCCGGCCCCGGUCUUCAGCUGCCACGAACCUGAACCGCCGCACGUACGACCUGGAAGGGCUGGUGGAGCUGCUGAACCGUGCCCAGAGCUGCCGGGCCAACGACCAGCGUGGGCUGCUCUCCAAGGAGGACCUGGUCCUGCCUGACUUCCUCCAGCUCCCUGGGCAGGAUGACAGUGCCUGCGAGGGGUCGGAUCAGCCCCACACCCCUCACUCAGGCUCCAAGGGAAACAGCCAUCCUCAGCCCGCAGAGCCUGCGCCGGCUCAGCCACCGGUCGACCGUGAGCUCCGAUGAGUCCUGCUGCACAUCUGCACCCGGCGCGUGGUACCCCCGGGCCAUGCUGGGGUUCAACAUGGGGCCCAACCAGCCCCUGCCCUGCGCCGCCGACACUGCCCGGACCGCAGAUUCAUCCACGUCCUGUCCCAAACUGUCGUGUCGUGUUGCUGUGAGUGGUUGAGCCGCUGCCGUGCCCCUCGGCGGGGUCACAUCCUGGUGCACGUCAAGGGAGUCCUGUACAUAGUUUGAACCCCCGUUGCAAAGCACUUUGCAACAUCCCACGCAUGCCUGGCACUGUCCUGCCCAGUGCCUCUGCCUGCGGCAGAGCUGCCGCCCUGGCAAAUCUUGCCUGUGCCGGGCUGGCACAGCUCGCGGACUGUUCGGGUGGGGAAAGCACCCUUCAACCAAAAGGUGUGCGGGAUAGAGAGGGCACGGGUGGGUGGGGUGGCAAAGCAGGCGCCAGCCCCGAACACCAGUGCUGUGGGUAGGCAGGGUCAGGAGAAUGCGUGUCUGGAGCUGAGGGCUGGAUCUGGUCCCUGACCCUGCAGGAACAGGGGUUCCCCCGUUGUUGAUGUGGGGGUCUACCCAUCCCAGGGAGGGUAAGCAUGGCCCUGCUGGCCUGUGCCCUGGGCAGGUUGUUAGCAUCUGUGUUGCGUGAGCAUGGCUGGGCUUGAUCCUGCCAGGUUCAGCGCUGUUGCGGAGCAGGGUGUGGAGCCAUAUGUGGUUCCUGCCCCAAGCAGACAGAGGCAGAGCCAGCAGGUUGUGCCAAAGAAGCCUUCCUCCUCCCUGCAGGGAGAUCCUGCUUGGACAGCAGGUCCCGUAGGUCUCCUGCCGCAGCCCAGCUGGGGCCAUGGGUGCUCAGCCCCUGGGGACAGGCCUGCCUCCUGUCAGAGGAAUGCAGCACCCCUGGGUGCUGAGCAUCUCAGCUGGUGUGUGGGUACAUCCCUGCCAGCAGCUGUGCUGGGCAGUAACCUUGAACCUGGCUCUGCCAGACCUGGCUGUGCCCGGCAGCUCCCCAUCCUGGGCUGCCCUGUGUCCCCAGAGGUCCCAGACCCAGUCUACAGUGGAGACCCCAGACAGCAGCCAGGAGAUCCCUCCGUCAUCUGCGUGUGCCAGGGCCCUUCCCUGGAUCACCAUGGCCCAGCCAGAGGCAGAGGGGUGGCCCAGGGCAGCCCCAGGGCUCGCCCAGGGACGGAGGUCAUGGCUAUCCAGCUCCACACUGCUGCGGCCGGCUGCAGCCCCACGGCCCCGGUCAGAGCCCCACUGUGUCUCCGUAGUGCUGCUCAGUCCCGUCUAUGGUGUGAAACUGGGGGAAAUAAAGAGCAUUGCCUGGA